UGUAGUCUCUUUGUAUGCAGAGCAAUGCCCGACUGCAGACUUGACUGUAAGCUUUAACUACAAGUGGUAUGGCAAUUUAGGAGAAAAAAAUCAGCGCGGAGAAAACUGCCUAUUUUGACAGCAAAUCCCAAACAUACGCUUCACCGUUCCUUUUAUUUACUGACGGAAACCAAGUAAGGGCAUGGAGAAGCCUGCAUCCAAAAUAUAAUUUAUUUUUCAAUGGGGAGACUGAAACAGGAGAUGUGCAUCUUGCAGCCUAAGAAAGGAUAUCAGAGUACAGUCAGGACUACCUCUGCUGCUGUUUGUUGCAGACAACGUCAUAUCUCCUAAGGACACUGGGGGCGUCAGAUUUUGCUGAUCUUAGCAUCUUUGGACCAUUUUAGGGGAAGGUUUAUGAAAAAAAGAUAACGCGUGUGCAUCCACCUUGUCCUAUAUCCCGAUUGUUGAAUCCGUUCUUCGCCCGAGUGGCAAACCUAUUGUUGAAGCCGGGGGGCAAGGAGGGUGGAGGCACGGAGUCACCGCAUCCCUCACAGACUCUUCCCCUCUCAACACGGCAGUUGCGGGGGAGCUAAUGGUUGCUGCAUAGCAGUACCUGCAAUGAAUGACUGUCAGGGGGCGAAUGCUGUAUGGACCGCGGGAUCUGAGACUGAUAUCCAUGCCUCUGGAGUUUUACCGUCGGUGCUGAUGUUUUUCUGAGAAAGAGUGGAUAUCCCUGGGGGGCUGCAACCAUCACCACGGGCUUUAGGUAAAGGUGACACGCUGUUAUCAGCUGGACGCAGGUGUUAUCCUGUGGUCUCCAGCGGGUUGCUGAGUGGACCCCCCCCCCACGCCCUCCUCCCCCUGCCUGAGGUCCUGGCUUCCUUCUCCGAGGCUGCAGCACCACGCUUUGGCUGAAAAGUGCAGGCCUCACCCCCCUCCAGAAUGACGGUGGCCACCGGGGACCCAGCGGACGAAGCCGCCGCGCACCCCGGCCAGCCCCAGGACACCUAUGACCCCGAGGCCGACCAUGAGUGCUGCGAGAGGGUGGUCAUCAACAUCUCGGGCCUGCGCUUCGAGACACAGCUCAAGACCCUGUCCCAGUUCCCCGAGACCUUGCUCGGAGACCCCAAAAAGAGAAUGCGCUACUUCGACCCCCUGAGGAACGAGUAUUUCUUUGACCGGAACCGCCCCAGCUUUGACGCCAUCCUCUACUACUACCAGUCGGGCGGAAGGCUGCGCCGGCCAGUCAACGUGACUUUGGACAUUUUCUCAGAGGAGAUACGCUUCUAUGAGCUGGGCGAAGAAGCCAUUGAAAUAUUUCGAGAGGACGAGGGUUUCAUCAAAGAGGAGGAGAGGCCACUGCCUGAGAAUGAGUUUCAGAGGCAGGUCUGGCUACUCUUUGAGUACCCCGAAAGCUCUGGGCCAGCCAGGAUUAUUGCCAUUAUAUCAGUGAUGGUAAUUCUCAUCUCCAUCGUCAGCUUCUGCCUGGAGACCCUGCCUGUCUUCCGCAACGACGAGGAAGAUUUGAACAAGGUCUACCAACCCUACUCCAACACCACCUCCAGCUACCAGUCCACCUACUUCACCGACCCCUUUUUCAUCCUGGAGACGCUGUGCAUCAUCUGGUUCUCCUUUGAGUUCCUGGUGCGUUUCUUUGCAUGCCCCAGCAAAGCUGGCUUCUUUGUCAAUAUCAUGAAUAUUAUUGACAUUGUGGCUAUCAUCCCUUACUUCAUUACCCUGGGUACUGAGCUAGCAGAGAAAGCAGAGGACGGUCAGCAAGGGCAACAGGCAAUGUCCCUGGCCAUUCUGAGGGUCAUCCGCUUGGUGCGGGUCUUCCGAAUUUUCAAGCUCUCCAGGCACUCCAAAGGGCUGCAGAUCCUGGGCCAGACCCUGAAGGCCAGCAUGAGGGAGCUCGGGCUACUCAUCUUCUUCCUCUUCAUCGGUGUCAUCCUCUUCUCCAGUGCUGUCUACUUUGCCGAGGCAGACGAGGCGGAAUCCCAGUUCUUCAGCAUCCCCGACGCCUUCUGGUGGGCCGUGGUCUCCAUGACAACAGUCGGCUACGGAGACAUGGUCCCCACCACCAUCGGGGGUAAGAUCGUGGGGUCACUCUGCGCCAUCGCGGGCGUGCUGACCAUCGCCUUACCCGUGCCUGUCAUCGUGUCCAACUUCAACUACUUCUACCACCGCGAGACGGAGGGCGAGGAGCAGGCCCAGUACCUGCAGGUCACCAGCGUCCCCAAGAUGGAUUCCACUGAGGACCUAAAGAAGAGCCGGAGCGGCUCCACCAUGAGCAAGUCGGACUACAUGGAGAUCCAGGAGGCGGUGAACAACAGCAAUGAGGACUUCCGGGAGGAGAACCUCAAGACGGCCAACUGCACACUGGCCAACACUAACUAUGUCAACAUCACCAAGAUGCUCACGGAUGUAUAGCUGCCUGGGAUAACCACGCCAGGGGUGGGGAACUGGGACGGGAGGACUGGGAUUAGCCUCCCUGUUUAGGAUGGCUUGGCACCCCCAAGCAAAUGGAUCCAGGAGGAGAUCCAUAAAGCUCUGCUGGGAGCAAAAGAUUAGCAGAGAGAGGACCCCGCUGCCCCCAACCCGCCCCUCAACUCCCCCCGG